ACUGACACACACGUGCCUGAACAACGUCAGCAUGCAGCAUACAAACACACAUACAGUUACGCAAAUUAUGCACGAGAGAUUUUGUCAAAUGUAAAAGAACUUCAAGGAUUUUACGGAUAAUAUACAAAUUAACGACUGCAAGUAGCAAGUGCUGCUGAAGUGUAAAAGAAUACAAAAACACAUCCAGUGGGAAAAAUAAAAAAAAAAAAAACUGAAAAAAAAUCACAAGUUGUCCUUGUAGUGAAAACUUGAAGGCGAAAUGCACUUAAGGCUAAUAAAGCAAUAAGUCAAUAAGUAAAAAAGUAACAUUUGGCAAGCGUAGUUAACAUUUCAAUAAAAGUGUAGUGUGCUUUUUGGCGUGGAGGCAGCUGAUUGCCGAGUUGAACUCGCAUUUACAAGCGUAACACUUUGAACAUAUCAAAAUUAUAACUUAUGCACACACACACACACACACAAACCACACUCACAUAUACCUAUAAUACAAGCGCCAACGACAGCGCCUAAAACUAUGCAACAAUAGUGCAGUGGCAAGCUUCAAGUCACCAACAGCAGCAGCAUGUCUAUCGGCGAACCUUGUGAGCUGCUGCCAGGCAGCACAGUGAAACGGAGCAACAACAGCAAUUGCAGCGCAUUUGCAAUGACUGCCGUUAGUUACCUCGCUAACGGUACCACAACCCAAAGUCAUGGCAGCAGUAGUUGUAGCACUGACAGCGGCGGCUGCAUUAGUGGUCGUCUCAAAAAUCGGCAUAGCAACGACUACAGUAACUGUUGCAACAACAAUAACAACAACAACAAUGGCAGCCAACAACUGCUAACAAUACAACAACAUCAACUGCCACUUCGGCAAACAUUGCGCCAACAAAAGAACAAUGGCCAUAUCAAUGCAAACUACAAAUUCAGUAAUAGCAACAAAGCAACAGCAGCAACAGCAACAACAACGUGCACAUCAACUGCAGACGCACAGCUUGUCGGCUGCUGUCGUCGCCCCAGUGCUGCACUCGUUGUGUCGCCAUCUGCGCCAUAUUCGAGUUGUGGACGACUGAAACAGCGCCGAAAGUCGAAAACGCUGCUGCCCGCCAUUGUGCCCGCCUCGGCGUAUGCCCUCACCGGUUUGGUGCUGUUAUGCUCAGCGCUACUGUCGCCAUGCCAUGCUUUCCAGCUGGAUGGCUCGCAGAAUUCAUUCGCCCAAUUUCGCAAAUGGUAUACGGGACUCAACGGUUCGCUGGAGCUGGAGUUUAAGACUGAGCAGCCCAACGGCUUGGUGCUCUACACCGAUGAUGGCGGCACUUAUGACUUCUUCGAGCUCAAACUGGUGGAGGGUGCAUUGCGUUUGCGUUACAAUUUGGGCGGCGGAGCGCAUAUCAUAACUGUAGGCAGAGAAUUACAUGAUGGCCAUUGGCAUAAAGUGCAGGUGUUGCGCAAUGAUGAACAAACAUCGCUAAUUGUGGAUGGCGUGUCGCAGAGCAGUACAACCAAGGGCAAGGAAUUUCAGUUUGGAAAAUUUGCCACCAACUCUGAUGUCUAUGUAGGCGGCAUGCCAAAUUGGUACAGCACAAAGUUGGCAUUAUUAGCCUUGCCAAGCGUGAUCUUCGAGCCGAGAUUCCGGGGUGCCAUACGCAAUUUGGUAUACGCCGAUCAGCCAGGUGGGGCGACACGCCGUCAGGAGAUGAAGCAGCCACGUGACAUAAAGUGUGGUGACGGUCCUUGCGAUAACGGUGAAAUGCCAAAGGAGAAGGUGCCCAGGGGUGUACGCGGCGGUAAUACCACAGAUGCUUGUGAACGAAGUGAUCCUUGUCAACAUGGCGGUAUUUGCAUCUCAACUGAUUCGGGUCCAAUAUGUGAGUGCCGGAAUCUCGAAUAUGAUGGACAAUAUUGUGAAAAAGAGAAAGCGCCAUCAGAAGCCACAUUUCGCGGUCAACAGUUCCUGUCGUAUGAUCUUGGUCAAACUAGUGCCGAGCCGAUUGUAAGCGCUCAGGAUGCCAUUACGCUAUACUUCCGCACACGUCAACCCAAUGGUUUAUUAUUCUAUACAGGGCACGGUACGGAUUAUCUGAAUUUGGCGCUACGUGAUGGCGGUGUUUCACUUACAAUGGGUUUGGCUAAUGGUAAACAGGAAAUGCAUAUCAAACCAUCCAAAGUACGCUUUGAUGAUCAUCAGUGGCACAAAGUAACGGUACAUCGUCGUAUUCAGGAAAUAUCCUCAAUAACAAGCUUCUGCAGACUUGUGACCGUUGUCGAUGACGUUUACACCGAUCACUCGCAUAUCGCCGGUAAAUUCACGAUGCUCUCUUCGUCACGUGUUUAUGUGGGCGGUGCGGUCAAUCCACGCGCUCUACUUGGUGCUCGAGUGCAUAACAACUUUGUCGGUUGUCUUCGUAAGGUUGAGUUUUCUGCCGAUACACUGUUAUUAAACCUAAUCGACUUGGCUAAAAGUGGGUCGAAACUGAUUCAAGUCGCCGGUAAUGUAGAAUAUCAGUGUCCUCUUGGAGAUCCACAGGACCCAGUUACAUUUACUACCAGGGAGUCGCAUUUGGUCCUGCCACCGUGGGAGACUGGCAAACAAAGCUCCAUAUCAUUUAAAUUCCGCACCAAGGAACCCAAUGGACUGAUUAUUUUGGCCACUGGCUCCAAACAACCGCGCUCAAAGAAUGCCGUGCUCUUUGCCAUUGAGUUAUUGAAUGGACACAUUUACAUACACUUGGACUUGGGUUCGGGUGCGGCGAAGGUGCGUGCCUCACGACGUCGCGUUGACGAUGGCGAUUGGCAUGACUUGAUAUUGCGGCGCAACGGACGUGAUGCAAAGGUAAGCGUCGAUGGGGUUUGGAAUGAGUUUCGCACGCCGGGCGAUGGCACCAUACUCGAACUGGACGGGCAUAUGUAUGUCGGUGGUACGGGACCGGCGUACAACAAUAUCGCAUGGCCACCGGCUAUCUGGACGGCUACGUUGCGGCAAGGUUUUGUCGGUUGCUUGCGUGACUUGGUAUUAAGCGGCAAGGCGAUCGAUAUUGCAGCAUUCGCACGCUUGCAGGACUCCGCAUCGGUGAAGCCAUCAUGCCACGUACAGGCCAAUGUUUGUACCGGCAAUCCCUGCUUGAACGGUGGCACCUGCAUAGAAGGCUGGAAUCGACCCAUUUGCGACUGCACAGCAACACUAUACGCGGGACCAACAUGCGGCCGAGAGUUAGCCACAUUGGCGUUCAACGGCAGCCAACAUAUGACCGUAUGGCUGGGCAAUGGACAAGGCACCAAAACACAAACUGAAGAGCUUAUAAUACGGUUCAAGACAUCGCGUCCCACCGGCUUAAUACUGCUAACAAGUGCCGAGUCGAAUUCGCCAGAUCGUUUGGAGAUCGCAUUGGUGGCGGGACGUGUACGUGCCAGUGUGCGUUUGAGUGAUCGCGAAAAGAAUUUACUUGCCGGUCAAUCAGUGUUGAAUGACAACAACUGGCACACAAUACGCUUCUCGCGACGUGCCUCCAAUCUACGGCUACAAGUUGACGGGGUUCCCCCUGUCAGGGGUAUGUUAUCGGAGACAAUACUCGGUCGCCAUAGCACCAUCGAGAUACGUUCCAUUCACUUGGGUGGAAUGUUUCAUGCCGAGGAGGAGAUACAAAUGACAUCGACAAUGCCGAAUUUCAUUGGCCAAUUGCAGGGUUUCAUUUUCAAUGGACAAAGAUACAUUGACAUCGUUAAGAAUUUGGGUCCCGAGUUAUCGGCACUGCCAAGCGCUACCUUCAAGUUGACAGCGCGUUUUGUAAACUCACCGCCCGGUAAUCCCUAUCAUGCGGCCACAUUCCGUUCGAAGCACUCUUAUGUAGGUCUGCCAAUGCUGAAGGCCUACUCAAGCGUCUCGGUGGAUUUCCGCUUCAAAACCGUCGAACCCAACGGGCUGUUACUCUACAACGGUGGGCGCCGUAACGAUUUCAUUGCUUUGGAGUUGGUUAACGGUCACAUACACUAUACCUUUGAUAUUGGUGAUGGACCGAUAACGAUGCGUGACAAAUCACGCAUACACAUGAAUGACAAUCGCUGGCAUCAAGUGAGCAUACGACGACCGGGACCCAAGACGCAUACACUCACCGUCGAUGAUUCGUUCGAGAUUGUCACAUUGACUGGCAAUAGCAUGCAUUUGGAGCUUUCGGGCAUACUCUACAUCGGCGGCGUGUUCAAGGAUAUGUACGCGAAAUUGCCGGCGUCCAUUUCAUCACGUUCUGGUUUUGAGGGUUGUCUUGCUUCUUUGGAUUUGGGCGAUACAUCGCCGACACUGACCAGCGAUGCGGUUGUGCCCAGUUCGUUGGUGGUGUCCGGUUGUGAGGGCCCGACCAAGUGCAGCCAGAAUGCGUGCGCCAAUCGUGGCGUUUGUGUGCAACAAUGGAAUGCGUACGUGUGUGAGUGUGACAUGACUUCGUAUACCGGACCGACGUGUUACGAUGAAUCCAUCGCCUAUGAGUUUGGCAACAACAAGGGCAUAAUUCAGUAUGCAUUCCCUGAAAAUAUGCAGGCAGACACCGAAGAGGACAAUAUCGCUUUGGGUUUCAUCACAACUAAAUCCGAUGCGGUGAUCUUGCGUGUGGAGAGUGCGACCACACAGGAUUAUAUGGAACUGGAAAUAGUUGAAGGCAAUAUAUUUAUGGUGUAUAAUAUUGGCACGCGUGAUUUGCCUUUAGGUGAAAUUGGCACAAAAGUGAACGAUAACACGUACCAUGUGGUCCGCUUUAGCCGUAAGGGUGGCAACGCUACACUACAACUUGAUGACUACAAUGUACAAACACUGACGCCACAAGGGCAUCAAUCGACCGUGUUUAAUACCAUGUCCAGCAUACAAGUGGGCGGAAAAUUUAGCCGUGGUGGUCGAACACGUAUCGAACGUCCAUUUGCGGGUGUUAUUGCCGGUAUGUCGGUGAAUAAGUUGCGCAUACUGGAUUUGGCUGUUGAACGUGACCCACAUAUAACCAUACGAGGAGAUGUUCAAUUGGUAACUGGAGUAUUAGAUAGAAAUGAUCUGCAAAGAAUGCAGCAGACGCCAGCAAGUGGUUAUCCUGGUGCCAUUGAUGAUCUGAUCUUCUCGGGUGCUGGUUCCGGUUGUCGUGGCGAUGACGAAGAUGAGUGUACACCACCAUUUGAAUCGGGUAGCGGUGAUGAUUUGAUCACGCCUGUCUAUGUGCCACCCACAAAACAAACAACAACAGCACAAGUGGCUAAUACGGAUAAAACUAACGGUACUGAGCGUGCCUGUGAUGAUGAGGACUGUCUGCAUGGAUCUGGUGAUUAUGGCGAGACUACGGAGCAGUUCACUUCUACCAGCACGGCCAAGGGAUCAGAACCCAAUCAUGAAAUCAUAUCGUCGACCACAGAUGGAGUAAACCGCCGCAUAGAUACAUCUAGCACCACCACAGAACAACAGCGUUCCACCACGACCGUAUCGAGCAGUGUGAUGACACGCACCGAGAGUCAGACGUAUGCGCCACGUGAAACCACGGUGCCAUAUAGCGCUACGACGAGCAUAGUCACGCAGCAGCGGCAAACAUCAACACCCACCUCCAUCUACACCACAUCGACGCAACGAGCAUCUACUUCUACACUGACAACAACAACUAGCCAAGCAACGCCACCACCCGAAAUCCAUUCCACAGCAACAGAACAUCAAACUACACCGUAUGACAUUGUACAGGUGUUCAGCGGCGGUGAGGGCGGCGAGAGACAUCACGGCGAUGAAGAUGAGAAAUCGAAUAUGAUUUUCAAUGGUGAGCACACGUCAUUGCCGGAGGAGCGACCACCACCGCAUAUACCCUCGCCACAUGAGACGCCGCCAUAUUAUCAGAUGCCACCACAGCAACCGCCCACAUACGGUAACAACUACCGUUCCAAGGGUAAAGGUGGACGUGUCAACUCUAUCGAGGAGGAACGCACCGCAAUGAUAAUCGGCAUUGUCGCCGGCAUACUUAUAGCUGUAAUACUGGUGAUAUUGCUAGUGUUGUGGCUGAAGUCGACUGGAGAUCGCAACUACAAAACGGAGGGCGAGAAAGCCGCUGCCUACGGACAUAACCCGAACGCGGCGCUGUUGGGCAACAGCAGUACCAACGGUUCCUAUCAUCAGCAGCGACAUCACGGGACACACCAUCAGAAUCUGAGUAACGGGCACAAUGCCAGCGGUGGUGGUGGAGGCGGUGGUACUGGUGGCAGCGGCAGUGGCAGCAUGCUUGGCGCCGCCGGCGUCAGCAGUGGCGGUGUUGUCGGAUAUGGUUGCAUUAGCUCCGGCAUGGCCAGCACUGGCGCUGAUGGGCGUCCACAAAUGGCUGGGUUAGUGCAGCCCAAACCGAAGAAGCGGGAUUCCAAGGAUGUGAAGGAGUGGUAUGUGUAAAUUGUUUUUGCUGGAAUGAAGUGGGGUGUUGCAGUGAGCAUGUUGGAUGUCUUGGAUUAGCAACAACAGUGCGGUGUUGAGUUAUAUGAAGUGGUUAAGUAUUUUAAUAUUUAAUUCAAAUUAGCAAUAAUAAAUUUAUGGAAUGCAUAUUUAGUCAAAGGCACACAAAACACCUAUACGCAAACAAACAAACACAGAUACACAAAUACACUUAGUGAAAUAACAAAUGGGGACUGGAUAAAGGAUAGUUCGGAGAUACUCAGUAAUACAAUGUAUGAAGGCUAAAUAGCGUAAAUACAUACAUAACGGUUAUUAACUGGGCGUUAAAAUAUUCGAAAUUCUAUACGAAAAUGUAAGCAGGAAAAAUGGCAAGUACUAACAACAACAAACAAACAGCUAACAACAACAAAAACCAACAUAAUAAUAUUUCAAACAGUUUAACAUACAUUAUAUAUAUAUAUAUAAAUAUACUAACACUGGAUAAUUAUUAAUAAUAGCAAGUUAAACAAUAAGGUAACAACAAAAAAACAAAAACUCAUAUGUAUGUAUGUAUAUGUAAUGUACAAAAAAGCAAAACGAAAGCGAUAAUAAUCAUGAGGUUGCAUCAGCGGCAGUUUCAGCAAUGAUUUGAAAUAUAUUUGAAAACCUAGUUCUUGUGGAAGCUUAGCAAAAAUGCUAAAAAUCCUCAAAUAUCAUCCGCAACUCUCCAGAAGUAUACUGAAGACCAUUCUCAAAAAUAUUGUUCCAUAAUGUUCAAGCCUAUGAUUGGCUCCAAUGUUUAAAAUUUAAUACCAUAUAUUUUUGUGUUUCUUACAACAGCUUUAAGCUUUCCAGUUCACAGCUUUAUACUAACAAACUUCCAUUAGCUAAUUACUAACAAUUUUGGUGUAUAUACUACGACAUGCCUUCGGCUAUUUCGCGAUUUGUCGAAUUUAUAUGAAUUGCCUGUUUCAGCUGCUGAUGUUCCAAGUGAAUCCAAGUAUUAUUUUGUGUUAUAAAGCAGUAAACAAAACCAAUGGGUUUCUUUGUUGAAAUGUCCGUUUGAAGCCUAAGUAUGGUUUGAGUUGAGUAUUAGCGUGCAGGUAAAUAAAGCUAGUGGCCAUAAAUGAGUAUGAAUAUAUAAUACUUAAUGUAAAUUUAGAAUACAUAAAAUUAUAAGAAAAGUAAGAACACACAGCAAGUUGUCUCGCGGCGUAUGGAACACACACAAAGUGGAUUCAACUAGCUUGGCAUAAAGACGAGAAUGUUUAUGAAAUAGACGAAUAAAUAUACUUGAAACAGUGUUGGCAAUAAUAAUAGAAACACAAAAAAGAAAAUAGCAAAGCAUUAAAUAAAAAAAAAAUGUUUUAGCAAAGAAUUGCCGUCUAACGGUGAAAAUCUAUGGCUUAAUAAAUUAUAUGAAAAUACUACAAAAAUAGGCAAACAAACAAUACCAAGUAGUUCCAAAUUCCAGUAAAUCUAUAUAAAUAUUUAACCAAAUUUGAUUCGUUGAAUUCUUCAUGUAAAGUUACAACAACAACAAAAGGAAAAAAAAUAAAUAAAUUAUGAAUAUAUAUAUUAUAUAAAUAUAACAAAUGUGGUGCUGUAAUAAUGUAAUACUUAGUCCCAAAUUUUUAAAAAUUCAAUUCAAAAUCUUUAAUUUAGUAAAAAGAAAAACUUAAAGCUACAAACCAAAAGUAAAUUAAACUAAAAAACAACUUUAACAAGCACUUAUUAUAGUGAUAUACAUAUUAUAAAUAUAACGACAGAGAAUCCGUGACAAAAAAUGAAACUUAAAACUAAACAAAUCGAAACUACAUUAAAUACAUAUAUAAUAAACACAUACUAUAACUAUUGGCUUUGACACUGAAAUUACAAGUAACGGUAUCAGAAGGUGAAGAGCACUCCGCUGUACGAUACUUGCGACAGGAUUUACACGUCACACGCCGAUUUAGACACACGCAGUCAUACGCUUGCUGGAAUAGCUAAAACUCAAAUGCAAAACAAAAUGGCUGACUUACUGCACUUACUUGCAACGCUCACACGUACACAUACACAUAUAAACACCUUAACUAAGCCACACACGCGCAUACAUAUA